AAGGGCGGGAGGAGGUAUAAAAGAUAGUAUGUGAGUGAUGGAGAUACAGAUACAUCUACGAGUACUCCUCCUUAGCCUCCCUCAGCAUUCAUCCCUCCGUCAACGCCUCCGUCAUGAAGGUUCUGCUGGUAGUCACCCUGGGCCUCGUCUGCCUCGCCGCCGCCCUACCCAGUGACAUCUUUGACUUCGAGGGUGACAACGCUGAGCAUGAGCAAGACGGGGAGGCGGGAAAGUCAGUCACUGGAGAGUACAAGUGGGAGAGUCCUGAGGGCAUUGAGUUCUACGUCAGUUACAUCGCAGACGACAAAGGCUACCGUGUCCUCGAGUCCAACGCCGUGCCAGCCUCUAACGGCCUCGACGCCAGCGGGAGGCACGCGAAUCUUGAAGGAGAUGAAGAUGAAGGAACCGAAUAGAGACGAGGAAGAAAAUGAAGAGGAAGAAAACGAGGAUGAAAGAAAUGGAUGAUGACGAAAUGAGGGAGUGAGACGAGCGAAAUAAAAAUGAAGAGGGUGAAAGGAGAAGAUUUACGGGUGAAGGAAGAUGAAGAUGAUGAAGGGAGCGAGUAGAGAUGAACAAAACAAGGAUGAGUGUGAAUGAGCGUGUGUGUGAAUCAGAGGACGGAAGAAAGGAGAUAGAGGAGGAAUAAAUAAUAAGAUGGGGAUAAAGAAAGAAGAUUUAUGAUUGAAGGAAGACGAGGACGAGGACGAAGAAGGGAGGAGAGGAAUAAGAAGGAGGUCAAGAUGAAAAAGAUGAAAUUGGGAGAAGAUUUAUGGAUGAAAGAAGAGAGAGAGAGAGAGAGAGAGAGAGAGAGAGAGAGAGAGAGAGAGAGAGAGAGAGAGAGAGAGAGAGAGAGAGAGAAACAGCACCACCAGCACCAUGAUGACCACCACCACCACCAGCAGCACCGCCGCCACCACCACCAUUACCACCACCACCACCACCCCCACCACUGCCCUAUCUUGUACCACAGCCUAUAAUUAUAAUAUAUAUUCCCACAACCCUGA